AUGAUGAUGGCGCAACCGUUUCCCGCUCAAGGCAUUCCGCAACACGGUAUGCCCCCCGGUCACCACCCAAUGGCCGGUCAACAUCCGAAUGCUGGACACCCUGGUGGAAUGGUGCAGCAAAUGCAUCCUGGAGUAUCAGGACCUGGCGGUCCUCAAGUGAGUCAGGCAGGGCCCAUGAUGGGUGGGAUGCCCCCGGGCGGCAACGCUGGUCAAGGUGGUCCGAUGCCGAAUGCCCAUGCUCUCUCCCAUCUGAACCCUGCGCAGGCGCAUCUUUUCCAGCAACAAGGGUUCCCCCAAAAUUUUGUGAAUAAUCCCCAAUUCAAUGUCCAGCAGCAGCAGCAACAGCAACAGCAGUUUAUCCGGCAACGAAUGAUGAUACAACACCAACAUCAGCAACAGCAGCAGCAGGCUCAGCAGCAACAGCAACAACAGGCUCAGCAGCAGCAACAAGCACAGCAGGUACAGCAACAACAGCAACAGCAUGGGGGCCUACCUGUAUCAUUACCAAAUGGUACUCAGGGGCUGAACGCGGCGCAAAUGGCUGCAAUGCAGCAGGCCAAUCCAGGCAUGCGACCCGUCAACAUGGGAAUGCACAUGGGCCAACAGGUGCCACAUGGCCAGGCACAAAACCUUCAGCAACAACAGAUAUUCGCGAUUCAGCAGGCCCAAGCUCAGCAAGCCCAGCAAGCCCAGCAACAAGCCCAGCAGCAGGCACAGCAACAGGCCCAGCAACAGGCCCAGGCUAAUAAUGGCCAACAAGGCCAACAUACGCCUCAACGCUCAUCUGCACAACCUCCAAACAUGCACGAAGUUCAAGCUGGGACUCCUCAAUCUCAACAUGGCCCGCCACAAAGCGGAACUCCUCAGCCCAACCAGUCUUCUCAGCCACCCCCGACUCAACCUCCCCAGUCGCAGGCCAGUGGUCAGGCCCAAGUUACCCCCAAUCCCCAGCCACAGCAGUUGCCACAGUCCCAGCAACAACCUCAGCAGGGUACCCCGGGACAGCAGCAACAACCUCAGCCAACCCAGCAGCAGGCAAUGGAGGCACAACUUAAAGCACAACAAAAUGCCAUGAUGAUGCAAAGAAUUAAUCAACAACGGCACCUGAAUAACGCAGUCAUGAUCCUCAAUAGCUACGCGGAAACUUUGAGCUCAUUCAAGAGUCGCGAUGAAACUACCGACCUCGCAUAUUGGUCCGCCUUUGUUGAUCGGUUUUAUUCACCAGUGGGCGUCUUGCGCCAGGGAAUUUGGAACAACCAAACUGGAUCAAAACAGUUUGAAAUCUCGACCCCUGCACUGGCACGGUACUACCUUACCCAGUUUACAAGCGGCAUUGAGCAGAUUCAAAUGGUCUUGGAUGGUCCCCGCGAGCGCGAACCUCCCAAUCCCAAUGGUGGGCAUAUUGUUGAAUGUCAACGCGUUUCUUUCAUAUACUGGUACACGAAUGAAAGCCAGGUCUUCCACAAGGGCCACUUACGUGCCCACUUUGAUGCGAACAACAAGAUUGAAAUGCUAGACAUUAAUGUCUCCAGCCACAAUGAAUACAUUCCUCGCAGCCAGCUCGUGGAGGCCAUGGAGCAAAAGCAAAGCCCCAAACUAGCUAAAAGUGCUGCCAAGAGGGCGCAGAAGCAGGCACAGUCAAUAACGUUGCCCGAGUCUAUGGUAACUUCCAACGGUCUACCUCCGAACGUCAUUCAAUUUUUGGAGCUGGCAGAGACGAUGUCGCAUAUGCAAACUCUCUUCAACUUUUCUGCGGCACACUCCCAGUUAUCGGCGACAGAUGCGCUUCGAGGCCUUGUCAUCAACUUGAACCAAAAUCCCAACCCCAAUGUUGCCUUUACACCGCAAAUGAACCCCGGAAUGCAGCCCAUGCCUCGCGGCCCUAAUAUGGGCCCUCCUUCGCAAUUCGCUUCUCCUGCAAUGGCUCAUCUUGGCCUGCCAGGGGGGCAGGGCUCGCCUCAUCUAAGUGGGUCAGCCCAUGCUAGUCCUGCUCAGAGUCAACUUGCUGGCCCCCCUGGGAUGCAAGUUCAGUCAUCUCCGGUUGGUGUGAACAAUAGUCCGAACGUUGGGGCCAACAAGCGCCGACGUGCUAGCACUGUCAAGCAAGAGAAUGAUGACAAUGGCUCGGGUGAAGUGAAUGGCAAUGCACCAGGAUCCGGCAAGGUCAAGAACUCCCGAGUACCUAAACGCCAGAAGGGAGCAGCAGCCUAA